AUGAAGAAAUCGAUUUCAAUUUCAAUUGCAUCGAAAGCUAAGGAUCUUCUCAACAGAGGUAAUCCUCUAACUACCCUUUUCUUUAACCGUUGCUCUUACACGACACAAACUUUCUCUACUUCCCAGAAAUCGAACAAAACUGAUCUCACAGACCCAAUUAAACUCUUCUGUCGCAUGAUUCAAUCUCGUCCUCUUCCUUCAAUCGUCGAAUUCAGUAAACCCCUGAGUCAACUCGCUAAAAGUAAGAAGUUCGAUCUCGUGAUCUCUCUCUUCAACCAGAUGGAGACUCUUGGAAUCCAACAUGAUCUCUACACAUACAACAUCCUCAUUAACUGUUUAUGUCGAUGCUCUCGCUUCUCCAUUGCUUUUUCUGUUAUCGGGCAGAUGAUGAAGCUUGGUUACGAGCCAGAUGUCGUCACACUCAGCUCUCUGAUAAAUGGGUUCUGUCAGAAGAACAGAGUUUUUGAUGCUAUUGAUUUAGUUGCUAAAAUGGAGACGACGGGGUGUAAACCUGACGUUGUCAUCUACAACACGAUCAUCGACGGGUUUUGUAAGAACAGGUUAGUGAAUAACGCUUUGGAACUGUUUGAGCAAAUGGAUAAGAAUGGAGUUAGAGCGGAUGUUGUUACUUAUAACUCUCUUAUUACCGGUCUUUGUAGCUCUGGUAGAUGUAAUGACGCUGAUCUUCUUCUUAGAGAUAUGGUUAUGAGGAAUGUUGUCCCCAAUGUGGUAACUUUCACUGCGUUGAUCGAUGCGUCUGUGAAAGAAGGGAACCUUUUUGAGGCUGAGAAGCUCUACGAGGAGAUGGUUAAUAGGUCUAUAGUUCCUGAUGUUUUCACUUACAAUUCGAUGAUCAACGGGCUUUGCUUGCACGGUCGCUUAGGCGAGGCUAAACAGAUGGUUGAUUUGAUGGUAGCAAAGGAGUGCUUGCCUGAUAUAGUGACUUAUAACACUCUCAUAAAUGGGUUUUGCAAGUUUGAGAGAGUAGAUGAGGUGAUGAAACUCUUUAGCGAGAUGUGUGAGAGAGGGUUAGUGCGAGAUACAGUGACUUACAACACUAUUAUCCAGGGCUAUUUUCAAGUGGGGAAACCAGAUGCUGCUCAAGGGAUUUUCAGACGGAUGGAUUCUCCUCCUAAUCUAAGGACCUACAGCAUUUUUUUGUAUGGUCUUUUUAGUAACGGGAAGGUAGAGAAAGCAUUGGUUGUAUUCAAGGAUAUGCAAAAGAGUGGGAUGGAUCUUGAUGUUACUACGUAUAAUAUCAUGAUUCACAUAAUGUGCAAGGCUGGUUAUGUGGAAGAUGCGUGGGACUUGUUUUGUAGUCUUACCUUCUGUGGCGUUGAGCCUGAUGUUGUAUCGUACACUACCAUGAUCUCAGGCUUUUAUAGGAAACGUCUGUGGCAUGAAGCAGAUGAGUUGUACAGAAAAAUGCAUGAAGAUGGGUUUCUUCUUCCACAAUAGCUGAAACUGUAUAUUAUUUGAAUGAAGAAAGAAACAUAUUCUGUUAUUUUUGUAUCUAUUACGAAUUGUAAUUUUGUAUUAUUACAAGAAACAAUAACACAAACAAACUGGAACAGAUAUGUAAUAAUAACAUCUUGGAAACCAGAUAAAUAAAAACUAAAGUUACUCAGAACAUAGAUCUCCAUGAGUACCACUUGAGUUUAAACUGAAGCCAAAGUGGAGGAACACCUAGAACUCCUCUUUGCCUCCUGGGAUCAAACACAUCGAAAUGUACGGGCACAGGAUGAAGC